AUGGGUAAUCCAGUGGCUAUGCCUUCGUUUGAUGGAAAUGUUCAACCGAAGCGCUCUGGUCCACUAUCGUAUCUGAAAUCAUACGCGAGGCGAUUCUCAAGCGGGUACUCGCCACAGUCAAGCUCCAGCUUGAACUCCACAAAUGGAGCCCAUGGGCUGCAUCGAGCUUUUAUCGCAUUGGGCAGCAAUGUAGGAGACCGUGUCGAUAUGAUUGAAAAGGCUUGUCUUGAGCUGGACCGAGUCAAUAUUAAAGUCAAAAGAACAAGCUCCCUCUUUGAGACGACUCCGAUGUAUGUGCUUGACCAGGAUACGUUCAUGAAUGGAGUUUGCGAGGUUGAGACAAGUCUCUCGCCAAUGGAACUUUUGGAUACGAUCCAAUCUAUUGAGAUCGAGCUGGGCCGAAAAAAGUUGAUUGAUAAGGGCCCACGAUCAAUCGAUCUGGAUAUUCUGCUAUAUGACCAAGAGAUAUUCGCUCACGAACGCCUUAAUGUCCCACACAACCUCAUGUUGGACCGAGAUUUUGUCCUUCGACCUCUUUGCCAAUUAAUACCUCAUGAACGGCCACCCUUGCCUGGGAAAAAUGCACUUACAUACAGCGAACAUCUUAAGGCUCUUCCACCACCGGAGCCAACACCAUAUUCAACAACGCCCAUCUCACCACAUUUCCCAAACCUCUACGCAACAGACCCGAAGCGUCCAACUCACGUCAUGGCCAUCCUCAACCUGACCCCAGACUCUUUCUCUGACGGUGGCACUCACUCCCCCACAGACUUCACCCAACUCACCGAAACAGUCCGCCGAUUCAUCGCCCAAGGCGCAACAAUCAUCGACGUCGGUGGCGAAAGCACCCGCCCCGGCUCAACACCUGUCGGGCCAGGGGAGGAAAUCGCCCGAGUAGCCCCUGCAAUUCAACACAUUCGCAAGAACAUCCCUGAGGCUUCCAACAUUGCCAUCAGCAUCGACACCUACCGCGCUGCAGUGGCCGAGGCAGCCUGUGCCGCCGGUGCAGACAUCAUCAACGACGUCUCCGCCGGUCUCCUCGAUCCAGAAAUGCUUCCCACGGCAGCACGUCUCGGCAAAUCUAUCAUCCUAAUGCACAUGCGUGGAACACCGCAAACAAUGACCAAACUCCAUGACUACCCCAACGGCGUCAUCCCCGAAGUUAGCGCCGAGCUUCGUGCCCGCGUAGCAGCCGCAGAGGACGCAGGUAUUCGCCGCUGGCGCAUCAUUCUUGACCCCGGUCUCGGAUUCGCAAAGCUGCAACCCCAAGACCUUGAAAUAUUGCGUGAGUUGCCAGCUCUGCGAGCGGCUGAGGGCUUGGACUGUUUACCGUGGCUUAUGGGCCCAAGCCGGAAACGGUUUAUUGGGAAUAUCACUGGCGUGAAGACACCCAAAGAACGCGUCUGGGGCACUGCUGCGACUGUUUCCGCUAGUGUUGCUGGCGGUGCUGAUAUCGUGCGCGUACAUGAUGUGCAGGAAAUGUGGCAGGUUGCGAAGGUUGCUGAUGCGAUUUAUCGUGUCUAG